CGAGGCGCUGGAGCGGCUGGCUGCGCCGCGGGCUCCGGCUGGCGCCUCUGACGAGAUAGGGCUGGCGAUGCUGGCCUUCGCGGCCGUCAGCUCCGCUGCGAACAUAGCGGUGCUGCUGUUGUACAGGCACUGGCGCCUCAGCGGGGAGUCCGCGCCACAGGGCGACCUGGAGCUGCAGCCGGUGAGCCCCCGCGGCCGCGGCGCCGCGCUGGCCGCCGCCGCCGCGCCCCCGCACCCGGGCUGGGCCGGGCCUCCUCCGCCCGCCGUGGCCGGGCUGGGCUACAUGCGGGAGGCUUCGGUGCAGGCUGCCGGGGCCGUAGCCCUCCUCGCGGACGCCCCGCCGCCGCCGCUGCCGCCCGCGGCGGAGCGUGCGACGAGGCCCGGGGAGCGCCGCCGCCGACGACGCCGCCGACGAGGCCGACGCCCCAUGAGGGCGACGGCGCCGGCGCCGCCGACGCCGACGAGGCAGCCCAGGAGCCCGCGGGCGUCGCCGAGCCCGAGCUCGGCGGCCAGCAGCUCCUCCUCGCCCCGCCGCUCUCCAGGUCGCAGAGCGCCAGGCAUCUGCGUGGAGUCGUUCUCUCCAAAACGGA